AUGCAGCUGGACUACCUAGCCGAGCUGGGCAUUGUCUCGCUGCCGGGUCGCGAGGAACUGGAACAUGCGUCUCGCGAAGACUUCGAUACCUGGCUCUGGGGCCGGCUUUGCGAUGGUGCCCUGGGGGAACGGUUUCCAGAGACCUGCCACCGCGUAGCAGAGGCUGCUUGCUCCUGGCGGAGUCGUUUUCCACCUCCUCUCUGGGGGCGGCUUGCGAGGGACAACUGCUCCACGCUCAUCAAGGAAGCUCGAGAGGCCGUGCCCACCAUUGCAUUCGUGCAAGACUGCCUGGCUGAGCUUGAUCCAGCUGAUGGGCCAAUCACGAUCGUGGAUUUGUGCUCUGGCCUCGGGUUUCUCGGCAUGUUCUUGGCCGAGCUGCUGCCAGCUGCACGAGUGCAUGGCUGUGUUCUUGUGGACCAAGCGUGGCCUCUCAAAGGUGGAGUCCCAGAGCCGCAACAGAGCAAGAAGCAUCGCACCCGCCUGAACUGGGAUCACAUUUACAAUCUUCCUUGGCCAGUUCCCCUUGUUACGCGCAGAUCUGAUCUGAAACUACCAUCCACCCAAGCGCAAAUUCUCUCCCGAAUCUUGGAGCCAGCGCCCGGGCCGGUAGUGGUGCUUGGCAUCCACCUAUGUGGUAUCCUAGCCAUCCGAGCUGUGGAAACCUUCAACAUCGGGCCCAAGUGUGUCGCCUUUGCUUUGAAGCCUUGCUGCCUUCCACCGCUACAGUAUGCGAAGAGCCAAACCCGCUGGACUCUUGGCACCCACACCUUUGCAGCUGCUGAGGUCUGCGCAAGAGGCAAGUACAACAAGAAUGUGUGGAACGGGCCGGCCAAGGCCACAUUGGCACCUCGCUUUCGCAUGUGGUCAAGCAAUCUUUUUCGUGGCCUGUUGGCAGAGCGCAAGGAGUGCUUGCACGUCGAGCUUGUGGAGGGGCAUUACCAGGAUACCUACCUCUUCGGCCGUCGGCAGUUCUCGUCAAAGAGCCCCAAGCUGCCGGAGGAGCUUUCUGCAGAGGCUUCUCCACAACAAAUCGCGCGGAGGAUCUUGGAAGCCAGCGAGGCUCACGAGGUGCUUGGUGUCCCGACAGAUGUUUCCAUUCGUCAGUUGCGACGCCGUUGGACCGCUCUUGCGCACGCGCUCGGGAACGAGAGUUCAGAGUGCAUUGCAGCAUUUCAGAAAAUCAAGGAUGCGUUCGACGAGAUACGAAGCAUGCGUAGAAGUUCAGACGACGGAGAGGACAAAAGCACUGUGACGAUCGUGAAGAUUGCCGUGUCUGCAGUGCACUUCAACAGCUCACCAUUGCGCAGUCCAGCGCUCCGACUCAGCAUGUGGCGCCUUCUGCGAGCCCCCACAGGAGAUCUGCCGAUGUCAUCUCGGAAACGUUUGCGAGUGGUAUGUGCAGCGCUGAUGACGCGACCAGCAAAGGAUCGGAGCCGGCAAAAGAGAGCACCAAGAAAAGGUGAUGGAAGAUGCAUCGCUGACGGCCGUGCUUAG